GUCGUUGGCCCUCAGCGCUGCAAAAACUCAAGCGCCACCCAUUCAUCUCCUCCAUCAACACAAAUUCAACUGUUCUUCAAGUUAAGUUUCUCCAUUUUUUGUAAUCAGAUUCUCAUUCUCCAAUUCUCUCAUAUUUUGUAGUCUCCCAAACGCCUUGCUAAAUCCUUGCAAAUUGCACAUAGUUUCCAUUUUCGAAUUCAGUUUCCAUUUUCGAAUUCUAUGUCCAAUGGACUCCAUUACUGCAAUCAAAUCGAAGAAGAAGAACAAAUUGUUUCCGUGUUUCCGAGCGGCGGCCUCCGGUGGCCCUGUCGGAACGGCGCGAUGUAAGGAGGAUGCUUCAGACGAGCACAUUUUUCCAUUCAUCACGGUUGAUGAUGGAGUGCGUUCGUUUGAUGGAGGCGAUGGAGAUUCCGGUCACCGUAAAAAGAAAAACGGUGGCGGUGCUUUGUCACGGGCGGUUAAGGCCGUCUUAUUCGGAACGUCAUUGGCGAAGAAGAUCAGAAAAAGGAAAGCAAAAGAAAAGCAAAAUUCGAAGACGGAGAAUCAAAGGCAUCAAGCUCCGUUCUCAAUUAGCAACAACAGAUCAAGAAUUGCUUCAGAUCUAAAUUACCACAACUCUUCUACCUGUUCUUCGCGUACUUCGGCGCCAUUUUCAUCCUCCUCCUUCUGCAGUUCAUCCCCUUCCUCCUCGGAAAUGAGCGACAUAUCAUUCCGAUUUUAUCCAACUGCAUCAAAUCGACUGUUCAGACAAAUUAAUUUCGGAAAAAUCUUCAGCGGUUGGUUUCUGCUACUGGUUUGUCUUUUAAGCUUGGUAUUAUGGGGAAAAAUCGGAGCUAUUAUAUGCACUUCGGUUUGGAUCCUCUGUUUGUACCGGCGGAGGAUCGGAUUGAAGUCAUCGGACGACAAGGUCAGUGCGGGGGCGAUGAGUUCCGGCGAAUACUAUAAGAGAAGAGUCGUCAUGGAAGGAUUUCUGAAGAGAGACCAUUCAGGUGCUCAGAAUUCAAUUUUACGCAUCGGUUGAUCUAACUGCCAAAGGGCG